UCACUUUUGAGUUUUAGAUUUUUUGUAUAUAAGUAGGUUGUAUGAUUAUUUUUAUCCCUUUUUUGUCAGUCAUUGGUAUUGGCGAAUAUACAAUUGGAUCAUAUCUUCGGAGUGUAUAUUUAACAUUGUGAAUAUUAUGUAAUUUUCUUAUUGGUUUUAAUAUAAUUGCUUGACCGACUCUCGAGUCUCGACAUGUAUAAGUUAUUUGAGUAACUGAUGCGUAUCAAUGGAACAAAGCAAGUCCAGUUUAUUCUUAUUAUUAGUUUGUCUUUUUACGUUCAUCAAGCGACAACCAACAAUUUGAUACCCAAUUAGUGAUAUAACCAUCUAACUGUAUGUGAAUAUAAAUCUCUGGAUAUCUAAGUUUACCAACUCGAACUACAUUGAAAUAAUAAUAUUAAUAAACACAACUGAUUAUUAUAUAAUUGAUAUUAUUUUAUUAAAUAUAUAUUAAAAUUUUGAAAAUAUAACUUUUUUGGAAAUAAGCAAGAUGACUCAAAUAAAGAACAAUUUAACCUUUUCCACGUCAUCAGCCAGUUGGAAAUCAGCAAGAUGACUCAAAUAAGGCAGAACUCAAACCGUUUAUUGUCUACCGGUUAAUCGAUGCUUUCAAUAAACCAACUUCUCAUAUUAAUUAAUUAUGGCCAAGAAAAUAAAAUAAAAAAUCGCCAUAAAAUUUCUCAGAGGCGACGGGAAAAAAAGUUCAGUCUGGGUUGCUUGUUGCUUCCUUGAUCCUUCUCAUGGAGAUUCUCCAACCCACCUCUAACGGUCACCGCAAAAGGAAGCCUGACGAUGCACUCUCUCUCGCCUCCGAGGCAAAGCGGCUUCGAAACUCAUCGAAAGUCACCGACUUUUCUCACCCCUUUGCCGUCACCAACAUGCUCGAAGCUCUAGACGGCGGCAAGUUCGGGAGCGUCACCAAAGAGUUGGAAGAGGUGGCUAACCUGAGGAUGGAGCUCGUGAAGCGUUGCGUCUGGCUUUAUCCUUCGCUGGCACAUACUGUGUUUGGAGCAGACGAUGGUCAGGAGGAGCUUGUGAGCUUGGAGAAUCAGCUGGCUUUGGAUUCUGUCAUCGACUUGGAUGGUGGUGAUGGUACUGAGAAAGCUCUGUGUGUGGUUCCUUCCACUGAGAUUGUUAUUCUUGAUUCUGAUGAUGAUGAGGAUGAGGGUGUUGAGAGUGAGAAGCCUAAGUAUCCGUUUCAGUCAAGUCUUGUGCAGCAUCAGAAGAGUCAAGGUGAUGUGCAGCUUGUGACUCCGCAGUUUGCUUUUGAGGAGGUUGUUUUGGGGAAGGGGAAGGAGAUGUCUUGUGCCAUUACGGCCUUGGUGGAGGGGCAAAGUAGCAGAGGUAACCUCCUUGCUUUAGAAAACGGUAUGGCUAUUGACAAAGAAAGGAAGAGAGAAAAGGUUCUUGCCAUUGAAAAUGGUGUGGUCAAUGAUAAGGGUGUCUAUGUGGGCGUUGAGGAAGAUGAAAGUGGUGAUGAGUCUGAAGCAGCAGAUGAGGAUCUUGGUAAUAUCUGGAGUGAAAUGGCUAUGUCAAUAGUGUGUUCCAAGGAUGUAGAUAAUUCACGUAAUGAAUCAAAGACUGAUGAAGUGGAAGACUGUGAGCACUCCUUUAUACUGAAGGACGACAUGGGUUAUGUUUGCCGUGUCUGCGGAGUUAUUGACAAAAGCAUCUUAGACAUCAUUGAUGUGAACUUCAGCAAAGCGAAAAGAAGCACGAGAACAUAUGCUUCUGAAGCUCGGAUGAAAAAGUUUGGGGAAUCAGAUUUUGAGAUCAAGUUAUCUGAAGAAGGGCUGAUGAUAGGUGGACUUUCUGCUCAUCCAACGCAUGCAAACAAGAUGAAGCCUCAUCAGAUUGAAGGGUUCCAGUUCCUUUGCAGCAACUUAGUAGCAGAUGAGCCUGGUGGUUGUAUCAUGGCUCAUGCUCCAGGUUCUGGAAAAACCUUCAUGAUCAUCAGUUUCAUGCAGAGCUUCCUUGCAAAGUAUCCUCAGGCUAAGCCACUGGUUGUGCUUCCAAAGGGGAUUUUGUCUACAUGGAAAAGAGAGUUUGUGAGAUGGCAAGUCGAAGACAUUCCACUUCUUGACUUCUACAGUGCUAAAGCAGAGAACCGUGCACAGCAGCUGGCUAUAUUGAAACAGUGGAUGGAGAAGAAGAGUAUCUUGUUUCUCGGGUACAAGCAGUUCUCAACCAUUGUCUGUGAUGAUACAAGUACCGACUCACGUUCUUGCCAGGAGAUAUUGCUGAAAGUACCCUCGAUCCUCAUUUUGGAUGAAGGACACACUCCAAGAAACGAGGACACGAAUGUACUGCAGUCCCUUGCUCAAGUCCAAACACCAAGGAAAGUUGUUCUAUCAGGAACGCUUUAUCAGAACCACGUAAAGGAGGUUUUCAACAUUCUGAACCUGGUUCGACCCAAGUUCCUCAAGUUGGAUACCUCCAAGUCUAUCGUUAAAAGGAUCUUGAGUCGUGCUCCUAUAUCCGAUGUCAGGUCUCAUCUGGGAGGCAGUUCAGAUGUAUCCGCGGCUUUCAACGAGAUCGUGGAGCACACGCUGCAGAAGUGCCAGGAUUUCAAGAUGAAAAUCAACAUGAUCCAAGAUUUGAGGGAGAUGACAAAGAAGGUGCUUCACUACUAUAAAGGAGACUUCUUAGAUGAGCUUCCUGGGCUUGAUGAUUUCACUGUGGUUCUCAAUCUGUCUCCAAGGCAGUUGACUGAAGUGAAGAAGUUGAGGCGCGAGAAAAGGAAAUUCAAGGUCUCAGCUGUGGGGAGUGCGAUUUACCUUCAUCCGAAGCUAAACGCUUUCUCUGAAAAGACGGAUAACGUCUCUGAUACAACAAUGGACGAGAUGCUAGAGAAGCUAGAUGUGAAUGAAGGCGUGAAAGCGAAGUUCUUCCUAAACUUGAUAGACCUGUGUGACUCAGCAGGUGAGAAGCUCUUGGUGUUCAGCCAGUAUCUCGUGCCUCUGAAGUUUCUUGAGAGACUAGCUGCUCUAGCUAAGGGAUGGAAGCUAGGGAAAGAAGUGUUUGUUCUUACAGGAGAAUCCAGCUCUGAGCAGCGUGAGUUGUCUAUGGAGAGGUUCAACAAUUCGCCAGACGCCAAAGUGUUCUUCGGUUCGAUAAGAGCUUGUGGAGAAGGUAUCUCUCUGGUUGGAGCAUCUCGGAUUCUGAUUCUUGAUGUGCCUCUAAACCCUUCAGUGACACGGCAAGCGAUAGGGAGAGCUUUUAGACCAGGACAGACGAAGAAAGUGCAUGCGUACAGAUUGAUAGCUGGGUCAUCACCUGAGGAAGAGGAUCACAACACUUGCUUCAAAAAGGAAGUCAUCUCGAAGAUGUGGUUCGAGUGGAAUGAGUACUGUGGAUUCAGGAACUUUGAGGUAGAGACAAUCGAUGUGGAUGAUGCUGGUGAUAUGUUCCUUGAAAGUCCUGCCUUACGUGAAGACAUAAGAGUUCUCUACAAAAGGUAAACCGAAGCAAUUGCUGACGGAAACUUGUUCUUGUGGCUUUAGACAUGCUUUAGGUUUUAGAAACCUGUCAAUAAGACUAACUUCGGGUAGUUCCUUUUGCUCUUUUAUGAAAGAUUGUUGAAUCUUUUGGACAUGCUUGUGGUUUUGUUUCAUAAAGUAGAGAGCUUCUAGUGUUCUUUUGAUGUUAAACCCUUUGGCCUUAUUUUCCUCUUAAUUCA